GCUUCGUUCUAGCGUUUAUCCAGAAGGCAAGGUUUAACUCUUUCGGCCACUCUGCUAGAGGCAGUGGAAGAGGUUCGAGCCCAGGGGGAUCUCACAGCAAUACAGUAACAUGCUGGGGUUCAUUUCCAGUUGAUGUAACGCCCCGCGUAGAAUCUGCUAGUGAAGGAGACAUCACUGAGCCCCGGAAUGGCCGGCUUCUUGGACAACUUCCGAUGGCCUGAAUGUGAGUGCAUCGACUGGGGAGAGAAGCGGAACACGAUCGCUUCGGUGGUUGCAGGCGUGUUGUUUUUCUCAGGUUGGUGGAUAAUGAUCGAUGCUGCCGUAUGUUACCCUGACCAGAAGCAACUCAACCAUGCGUUUCAUACCUGCGGUGUCUUCUCUACAGUCGCAUUCUUCAUGAUAAAUGCAGUGUCGAAUGCGCAAGUGAGAGGAGACGGUUACAGUGAUGGCUGUAUGGGAAGGACAGGUGCCCGAAUUUGGCUCUUCAUUGGCUUCAUGUUGAUGUUUGGAUCGCUCAUUGCAUCCAUGUGGAUACUGUUUGGCGCUUAUGUUACACAAGGACUCAAUGUGUAUCCUGGUCUAGCUGUGUUUUUCCAGAAUGCUUUAAUAUUUUUCAGUACACUGAUAUACAAAUUUGGAAGAACGGAAGAACUGUGGUCAUAAAUAAUAGUUUGGAAGAUUCAUCGACCUCUACUUCCCCACCCCCAUGCCCCGUGAAUAUUAUUUUCUAUACUUGCCAAUCCACCCAGCUUCUUUAUGUACAUUUGUUACCCCUUCCAUGUAUAAUUAUUGCCAUACACUGUAGUAUAACAGAGGAUAAUGUAUAAUAUUAAAUUUAGGUAAUUUAUAGUAGAGAUUAGUUAUUUUUAAGGUACGGACAGUUUUCAUCUGAUCUAACAUGGGGUUGAGAAAAUUUCAGGGUUUGGUUUUAAAAUCUGGGGGAAACUCCAUCGGACGGAUUUGUUUUUGUCUGAAAAAUAUAGAGCAUUCAUAUUUGAGUAUCUGCACUUUAGUACAGGUAAGGGACCUGUUAUCCAGAAUGCUCGGACCUGGGCUUUUAGAAUAACGGAUCUUUCCAUAAUUUGGAUCUUCAUACCUUAAGUCUACUAGAAAAUCAUAUAAACAUUAAAUAAACCCAAUAGGCUGAUUUUGCCUCCAAUAUGGAUUAAUUAUAUCUUAGUUGGGAUCAAGUACAAGCUACUGUUUCAUUAUUACAGAGUAAUAGGAAAGAAUUUUGAAAAAUUGGAUUAUUUGGAUGAAAUGGAGUCUAUGGAAGAUAACCUUUCCGUAAUUCCGCGCUUUCUGGAUAAUGGGUUUCCGGAUAACGGAUCCCAUACCUGCAUUAAAUCACAACUCUGACAUAGCAGCGUUUCCAAGUUCUGAGUUUUGAUUGAGGGAGAUGGGAGCUGUCAUUGAACAACGGCUAGAAAUCGUGUAUGUGUUUAUAUGUGUACAGCUGGAAUCUGGAGAUAUUGUCCCUGAUACUGUCACUAAAGAUCCAUUUCUUUCUGUUUCUCAUGGAGAUUAUUAUUCCUUUGUACCAAAUUUAUAUUGAUCAUCACUUAAAUAAGCCUAGAGCACACUGAGCAUGUGCAGUGCUACUGAUGUAGCAGAUACAUUAGAUAAGUAUACAGGCAUCAAUCUUUUAUGCCAUAAACACCUCAUGAUGGGCCCGUCCAGUGCAAGGCCAUUGUCUUUUUUGGAGCGGCCUCAUUAGAUAUCUGGUAUGUGUUCUGGGUCUCCAGGGAGUCAAGUAGGCCUAACAAGCAGCUAGUUGGAUUGAGCACUUUGGGUAGUGCUUGUUCAUUAUUUGUUCAUUAUUUGUUCAUUAUUUGUCCAUAAUUUGUAUACGGCAGGGCUAUUCCCACAUUAAAUGCUCUUCCAUCCAUUUUAGCUGCAUUUCACCGAGUGCAUCUUUGCUCAGUGUGUAUGUCUAUAGGCAUUUCAAAAAAGAUGGGAUGUUAACUGAGCUUUAAAGGGAUACUGUCAUGGGAAAAAAAAAA